CAGCAUCUGACUUUUCCUGGCAGCAUAUGACAGCGGGUUGAGCGAUAUGCCAGAUAUCACACGGGAUGCAGAGCUUCUGAAAAACCUGGGUCGCCUUGUCGAGACCAUUCCCUCGAUCAACCAUGAGACGGGCACUUCCAUCGCCGCGUUCGGCGACUUGGAGGUCAUCGGGGCCGAGGAAAAGCCGCACGUGUUGUUCGAGUUUCAAGAAGUCGCGGACCCCAGCAUCCCGUUCUACCUGCAAGGCAGUGCGCAGUUCCAAGAAGCGGAUGCCCUCGAGCAACGACGGCAGCUCAAGCUGUCGCACAACGUCGGGGAGGCGAUUCUCCAGUAUUGGCACGUGUUUCCAAAGUUGGUGGUCAUCGACGAGCACGUGAUCACCAAGCAAGAGUACAUGCAAGUGAUGCUGCUCAUCUUCAAGGUGUUGCGCAAUGACUUUGAACGGUCGACGGCCACGGUUCAAAUCGAAAAGGACUGGAUCAUCGAUUCAAAGUCCAGCCAGUACAUGAACACAACGACCUUCUUCGACGCCCUAUUCGAAGUGGUGGACGUGUGGACGUGCGACAUCCAAGAAGCCACGUACAUCGGGUUCCUCAAUCUGCUCUACCGGCGCAUCUCUGUUCGAGCGAUUGUGUUUUUCGAUGGCACGGUCAUCAAAGUGACACUGGACGACAAGACAAAAACGUUGCACGAACUCAUGGCAGAAGCCGUGCCGCUGGCCACGCUCAGUGCGUUCAGCCACAUCGCUCGGUACAUGGGGGACUCGUCCAUCACGACCAUGGGCGACUUGGCAAAAGCCGAGCCCGUCGACAUUGAGCGCAUGCGCCUCGCGUACAUUCAAAAGAACGACCUGUCCACGGAAAUGUUUGGCUCCGACUUGUUUCAGGUGCUCGAACUCAUGGGACGCGUGGCGUCGGGGGAAGUGAACAGUUUGAACUCGCUCGUGAGCCUCACGAGAGCAGACCCGGCACUCAUCGACUGCGUUCGGCAAGCUUUCAUCUCGGCCCGCCACAUCUCCACGACGGAGCAGACCGUGAUGGAGCGCAUCUUGGAAGAGUUGCUGAAAUUUGGAGUGAACCCGCAGACGUUGGCGGGCGAGUCCAUGGCCAAGGAAACGUACAUGAACUUGUUUAGGUUGUUUGUCGUCAAGACAGGGGAAGAAAUAGCCGACUUGGCCAAGCGAGACUUGAUCCGGAUCAAAGAUCAGAUGGAGCGGCAUGGGCUGUACGUUCCAGAAGACAUGCUCGAAGCCAAGUACAAGGAGUUCUUUGAGACUGUGAUUAACACCACGGGCGCCGAGGUCGUGCAAGGGGCCAAGCAGUGGAUCAUGACGCACUCGAACGAAGGCUCGCUCGCGUCGCUGAUUCAGAAAGAGUACGACGAGUUCAAACCGCUGGACGAAGCGAAGGCGUUCACGGCCGACGACGCAGAGUUCACGGCACUGACAGCGGAAGCGCCAGACGACGACGACGACGACAACGAUACCAACGUGGUCAUUCCUGCGCGAAAGAUCCCCCCGAAACCAGCCAAAGCGGCCCUGGCUGUGCUGGCGCCCAAACCUGCGCCCCCCUCCAAACUUGCACCCCCCCCAGUCGUUCCUCUGAAAGCAGACACCCCCAAACCAGUGGCGGUAGUGCCAGAACCGCCGAAACAACCGGUUCCUUCCCCUGUGCUUAAGGUCGUGGAAGAUCAAAGCAGAGAAAAAGCCGAAUCUACGCGAGAGGAAAGUGACUACGAUCAGCAGUCUGUCCAAGUCGAAGUCGACAACAAUAGCCGCAAACCGUCUGAAAUGUCGACUUCGGAGACACCAGUGCCCUUCACAGUGCCAGUCGCAGAAGUCACGCGAGCUCCGACCCCAGAAGAGUCCAGAGCUGUGGAACAGCAGAACGAAUCAUGGCCGUCAGAAGCAGAAUCUAUGGCUGACAACGACACGUACGAAACACCAAUGACGCCCCCUCGUCAAGACAAGGCGGAGGAAGUUCGCCCCCCCAGUCCAGAAAAAGCCCCCGCGCCGGUUCAAGUGGACAAGUCCAUCGUGGACGAGUUCUUAGCUCGCGCCAAACCGCCGGCGCUGGCAAGAGAUCCGAGCCGCAAGUCCACUCUGGUGGAAUACAACGUUCUGCCACCUCCCCCGCGGUCCCCCAAGGAACCAAAAGCCAAGCGCAAAAAAAUCAAAGACCCCCCGCCCGCGCGACUGGCUAAAAUUCUCGUCGGGGGACUCACGCAAGAAAGUGUCCCGUCCAUAGCACGGUACAUCCACUUGCUUGGGUUUGGCGAAGUGUUGCACGCCAAGACAAAGGAAGAAGCGGUGGACAUGUGCGACCCCAACUUGGGACCUGGCGUCGACCUUGUGUGUUUUGUGAUUGGCUCCCGCCUCGAAGCAGCCAUUCCGGUCUUGCGUGUUCUCAUGGGGUUGGUGGGGCCCCGUGUGAUUCUCAUUGGGGGCGACCUGAACGACCCCAUCAAGACCAGUGCCAAGGCCCUCGAGAGCGUGGCCGAAGGGGCGUUGUAUUUUGCGACCAUUCCCAUCGACUACAUGGCGCUCCGUGGCAAGAUGCAAGUGGUGUUAGAAAACGCGCCUCAAAAGUUCAUUUUCCGACGGAAGCAAGAGCAGCCGUCGUCGCCCCUGUUUAAAGCGCUAGCCCAAUCGUCGGACGUCAAAGCGACUAAGCAGACGACCGAGGCCAAGACCAGCCCCACGUAUAGCAGCAGCAAACCCCUCGACAAUUCCUUCAAGGCGCCCCCCGCGCUAACCCCCCCCGUGCACGGCGACCCCCCCACAAUUAUGAUCAAACGCCCCUCCAAGCGAUCGUGGUUUGGCGCGCGCUUGCCAUCGUUGCGAGACAUGCUCGGCGGGCGUCUCCAAAGCAGCAAGUCCAGCUUCAUGUCGCUGCGAGUGAAGAUGUCGUCGAAAGAGGGCGCGGACACGCCAGUUGUGCCGCCGACGCCCAAGCCCAAAUCGACCAGUUUUCAAGCCAUCAAGCGCUUCACGGCUUCGUUUCGAGAAUAGCGCGACAUGUUAUAUUUAAUACCGUCCGCAAAAAUAUUAUCCACGAGUCGAUUUAUUAUCC